AUGCAACUUUUAGGCUCGAUGGCGAACGAUUCGGACAACCCGAACAACUCGGGGGCGAGAAGAGAUCCUGCUGGAGGAGAGAACAACGCUGCGAACCAAGAAAAUGUAAUUAAAACUGAUUAUUUAUUGACUUUUCUGACAAUUUAUAUUUAUUCAGGAUAAUGUCGCACCACCAGCAAAUAAUAAUUCUCCAGCUAGGUCGAUUUUCAAAAUUCUGGUUAUCGUCGGUCAGUUUUUCUAUUUUUGGAACUUCAUUCUUGAAAAUUGACUUCUCAGGGAUCAUAGGCGCCGUUGUGCUGAGCUAUGGGGUUCAAUCAUACAAUGACACCUACUUGGUGCCUAUCCAAGAGGAGAAAACCUUCCCGCUAUGGUCGGACACUCGCUACGUACCGGUAUGAACAGCGAUUCAAUAGAAUAGGUGUUCAGAACAUCGUUCAGAUAUACACCGCUGUUCUCCCCGCUCCAGAUAGCCUGCUGAAGUUCGUACAAUUCCUCGACAUGAGCAACGAGAUAAACAUGAAGCUGGUGGAUGGAGAGAAGGUAAAACGAGAACGGAAAAUUCAAAAACAUUGGUUUACUGUUUUUUUUCCAGUUCGUUUCCGCUGAAGCUCUCGACUAUUACGACCACAGAAAGUACAUGCACGUGGAAUCCUUCACAUUCAAAUGUAGGCCUUUGAACUUGUUUCAGGAGAAAACGUUGUUUUGCAGACAAUCAUCUGACGACCGUGAUCAAGUACGUAUACAAUGAUUCGUCGCUGGACGCAGUUUUCGAGGCUUCUGGCAGAGACCCGCGUGGAGUUGCUCAAAACUACACGCUUCUUGUUGCUCAAGGUCGGAAAAGCAACUGACGAGCGUAAUGAAUGAGUAUUAAGUUUUCAGUGAACAGAGGCGAUCUCCUUAUCCCGCUCACAGACGGUGCAAAGCACUAUUAUCGAUUCCCUAACAAAAAAGGAGAGGUGAGAAAGUUCAGAGGGGGCAAAACGCAUUUCAACUCUCAAUAUUUAGGAAUACCCGUGGCCAGAACAUCUCGACAAAACCAUUGCUCAGCGUGAAGAAAAAUGGGAGAAGACCUUUGAAGGCAUGUUCCAAUUGAAGAAGAAGGUAACGAGUCUGAAGGGUAUUUUUCUUAGAAUCGACAAAUUACAGGAAAUGCCAGAGGUUUACCAAGAUGUUGCACAAUCUGCCCUUUCCUACGUCCAGAGCGGUUAUACUAUGAACGACGGAAUUCAACUGAGAGGAAUGUACACCCAAAACUUCACACAUAAAGUGAAAUUCGCCUACCUGCAGUCGAGACACACUCCCUUGAAGUCCCUAGAUGAGCAAGCCUUCCCCGUCAUUGUUCUCGCGAGAUGGAUUAACUGCCUAAAAGCGGAGCAGGUUUCUAUUAUAUUUAUAUGAAGAUUCAAACAAACCAGUAGUGCUUCAGAUUAUUACCUCGUGGACCGAUCUUAUCAAUGAGUUGGGAUACGCACCAAAUCGCCUUGAAAACGGCCAGUUCGUACUGGAGGAUAUCCAAGAUCCGAUGCUGUUCCAAUCUCUCAAAGAAAUCCUGAAUAUCGUGAGUGCUUUUUGUUGAUUUCGUAACGAGUAUAAUCUGCAUUUCAGAAAGCCUGUGUUCCUACCUACCCAACCAUUUUAACUGCUCUCGAAGUGGUUGCCGAGCAGACAAUGAAGAACUCGAUCGGCCAAGGAGGACUGAGAGACGUGCGAUGGCUCGGACACUCUCGUGGAAUCUUCCAGAUGGAACCAGAAACCCCCAAAGGAUCGUCUUCCCUGGAACUUUUGUGCCUUCUCGAAGACAUCUGCCACGUGAUGAAUGAGAUCAACAGAAGAGUCGGUCGAACGCAGAAUAAGAAAUGGGAACACAUGGCCAGAGAAUUCGCCGAAGCAAUGAACAAGUACUACUGGGAUGAGGAAAAUAAGAGAUAUGCCGAUUUGGAGAAUGUUCGUUUUUUUUCAAGCAGCGAUUGAAGUGAAUAAUAAUUACUAAUUCAGGGACAAUUCAAAGCAGGACGUGCUACUCAUGUGCCAUUGAUUAUGUCUCUCAUUGCCCCCGGUGCCAAGCAGCUCCCUCUUUCUCUUAAAAAUCUCCAGGAAGACCCGGUAAGCCGAUUCAAAAGUCAAAAGCACUCCAACCCCCAAAAAAACUACUAAUCUUUCAGCUGUACACCGCCACCGGCUUGCAACUCUCGGAAGAGUACGGUGCACCAAUCGCGGCCAACUUCCUGCUCACCCGUGCCCUGAAGCGCUACUCCAUCAUCUCGUCGACUUCGCAAGAAACUGCCCAUGGCAUGUACUCGACUCUCAAGAACAACCUGAUCGCCGCUGUUGCUCGCUCGCACCGUCUCCAGAAGUCGUUCUACGGACGCUUCGACAAGGAUAUGCGUCCGCUCGGGCCACGUGGAGAUCUCGACGGAACUCUUGUGCUUUCGCUCAUGGCCGAGUAA